AUGGAUGACAAUCCGCGACCCAGCAAGAGAGCAAGAAAGUCUUGUGAGCGAUGCCGUACACGAAAGCAGAAAUGCCAUGGAUUUCCCAUUUGCGCGAACUGUGCGAACGCGAAAGAGCAGUUUGUUCAAUCUCCUUCUGCCAUUGAAGAGUGGAACAGCGGCCCAAACAAUGCUCUCCUUGAACGAAUAUCCGACCUUGAAGCUCAAUUAGCGACUUAUACGAAUGCACCUACCCCUCCCAAUGUAGCGCAGAGCCCGAUCGAACGGCAUUCUGUAGUAUCACCAACCUGUCCCGAGGCAGAGAGGAGGUUCGCCAAUGGCAAUAUUGCGGAUAUUGUAGGUUUUCUCAGUCUUGGAGGAGAAGCGGCAUAUGUUGGAUCUUCCUCUGGGUUCUCUUUGGCCACGAAUCUCGGGCAAAUGGUACAAGCAACUGUUUGGAACAAAGCUCUGGUUUCAACAGUCAAUCAAAGCCAGACGAAGCCUCUCAGUAUUGCGGAGUUGAAGAAGAAUAGCGCGAAUCCUCCAAAUGAUGAUAUGGGAGGCAGGAUUCUUGACGCAUAUCUCACAAGAGUGCACCUUCGCUACCCUUUCCUGGAUCGAUCAGAUAUUCUGGAACGGCACGGUAAUAGAUUUGUUCAAGAUAAUACGAGUCCUAAAGACCAAUAUGGGACAUUCAAAAUCUAUAUGAUAUACGCAAUUGGAGCAACGAUGCUAAAGUUGACGGAGGCUUAUGACUACACUCCUCCCGAGAACUUCUUCAUGAAAGCACUACAGUACAUAUCCGCAGCUCGCGAGUCACAUUCCGUGCAUAACAUUGAAGCUAUGACUCUGUUGGUGCUCUAUAAUCUGCGCUCACCAUCGAAUUCCGGAAUUUGGUAUAUGAUCGGACUAGCUAUGAGAACUUGUGUCGAUCUCGGCCUUCAUAGGGAAGCAUACUACGGCAACAACAAGCCUUACGAAGGCCAACUCCACCGCGAUAUAGAUGCAGCUCUGCCACUUGAGAUCGAUGACACUGUUCGUGAUGAUAGUCUCAUUGCCCGUACUUUGGCUGUGUCUCCUUCGCCCACUUUCCAAGCAUCUCGGCCAUCGUCGAACAUAACACUGGCAAUACAAGGCUUUCGAUUGAAGCGGUUAGAAUCUUACAUCCAGGGAACGAUGUAUCGUGUUGACCGUCCCGUCACGUCUCUGACACCAAAGAUCAAUCCUACUUUGAAGAUGCUGGAAGAUUGGCAUCGAGAGCUGCCGCCCUCAUCGCCAUAUGAGUCGGAUUAUUUGAACAUGCACUACUACAAGGCGAUGCGUCUCCUACUUCAGCCGUUUUUGACGAUACUGCCACCGACGGACCGUCGAGUCGCACUUUGCUUGCAGGUGUCUGGGCAGAUUUGCCAGAUCUUCAAACGGAUGCACCAGAGAGAUUCUUACGGGCAUUCGUUUAUUGCACUGCAUUCUACAUUCAUUGCCGGUGUUACUAUGUGCUACUGUCUCUUUAUCUCGCCAUCUCUAUGA